GCAGUUACUGGGAAAAGUUUUGGAACCAAAAGCUUUCGAGCAGCUCUAGAAAAUGGAGUCCUGUUGUGUGAUUUGAUUAACAAGAUCAAACCUGGAAUCAUUAAGAAAAUCAAUCGUUUGUCUACUCCAAUAGCUGGCUUGGAUAAUAUAAAUGUUUUUUUGAAAGCUUGUGAAAGUAUUGGAUUGAAAGAAGCUCAGCUUUUUCAUCCUGGGGAUCUUCAGGAUUUAUCCAAUCGAGUUACAGUCAAACCAGAGGAGACCAAUAGAAGAGUGAAAAAUGUUUUGAUUACAUUGUACUGGCUUGGAAGGAAAGCUCAAAGCAACCCUCAUUAUAAUGGUCCAUACUUAAACCUUAAAGCAUUUGAAAAGUUACUGGGACAAGCUCUCACUAAGGCACUUGAAGAAUCCAGCAGUUUGAAAAGAAGUGGCAGGGAUAGUGGAUACGGUGAUAUUUGGAGCAUUGACCGUGGAGAAGCAUUUUCUUCAAUUAGCCAUAAAAGAGACGAUUCGUUUGAUAGCCUGGACUCCUUUGGUUCAAGAUCCUCUGCAAGUUUUUCAUCAGAUAUAACCUUGAAAGGCGGCAACGAAGGUUGUGGAAGUGACACAGACUCUGAACUGCCUUACAAAAUGCACAAUUCCCAUAAAGAUGACAUGUCCUAUCGCAGACUUUCUGCGGUUGAACCAAAGCCUCUUACAGAUUUCAAUCGUUUCUUACCCAGUAAAAGUAAACCGGCAGCAUAUAUGCCAGCACCUUUGAGGAAAAAGAGGAUAGAAAAAAAUGAGGACAACAGAAGAAGCUGGGCAAGUCCUGUCUCCACCGAGUCAGAUGGAACACUUUCAAGCCAAAAGAGAUCAGAUUCUGAAGAUGAGGAUUCAGUCUAUAAACAAAGCAGUGCUGCUAUUGGUAAUGAACCAAGGCUAAGUCUUGAUUUGAACAGCCAUUAUGGAAAGGAUCCAAACCAUACUAAACAAACUGCUGAAUAUGCGCGAAAAUCUCUGUCACAAAUGGCAGAAGGCAGAAAGAUGGAGUCUUCUGAUCAACCCAGUCAGUUUUCAUUACUUCAGGCCCUGCAAAAAUAUACUGACUACUUGUCUUCUGAAACAAAGACCAAAAUUGAUCCUACUUCUGGCCCUAGGCUCGUAACAUGCAGAAAGAAUGUUUCUUUUACACCAGGAUGCAGUCAGAAGGAGACUGAGAAUGGAGAACUGUACCCAGACUUGGAAAAUGAUGAUUUAUUUGUACGGAGGACUGGUGCUUCCCAUGUGAAUCCAGUUGUUCUUCAGGAUCCUGACUAUUUUAAAAAAUCCUCUGAGCAAGAACCUUCUCUAGAGGGUGAAAUAAUUUUACAGCCCAGAGAAGAGCAAACUGUGAUUCCAGACUUAGAAAAAGAUGACAUGAUUGUUCGUAAAGCCCAAGCACAGAAAAAAGCAGUGCCUUUAUCAGGUGCUCCAGACAGAUACCAUCCUGCACUCUUUCCUGAUCCUUGGAGUCUUCCAGAGGAAAUCCGGUCCAAGUUCCUUUGCUUACUUGAGAAGAGCAGCAUGUUGCAAGAGAAAAAAAAUGCUGGUGUGGUGUUAUCACCCUCUUCACGACAGAAGGAUGAUAUGUUGACUCGAAAGAUUGACUCCUGGAAAGUAGGAAGCAUUGUGCAGCCGAUCAGUUUUAUACCAGGUCCAUGCAGUGAAGAAGACUGGAAAAAAUGGGAAGCUAUCCGAGAAGCCAGCAAAGUUAGACACAAGAAGCGGCAGAUGGUUGAGAGACUGUUUCAAAAGCUUUCUGAUGAGCAUGGGAGUAAGUCUUUGACUGAUAUCAGCGCAGAUGAACUGCAGUCAAUGCGCAAGAUUCGUUUUGAAGAGCUACAGAAAAUAAAAGUCCAGCUACAAGAACAAGACCAAAGGUGGCAAGAUGAUCUCGCAAAAUGGAAGAGUCGCCGAAAAAGUUUCACUUCAGAUUUGCAAAAGAAAAAGGAAGAACGAGAAGAAAUUGAAAGGAAAACCUCUGAGGUUUCUGUAAGAAAUACCAAAUCACUGAAAGAAAUGCAGCGAGACAGGGAGAAGAGAGAUCACGAAACCUACGGUGACAACCAGCCAGCAACUGAACACAAGUGGAUUUAUUCGUCAUAUGAUGAUGUGUUUAGCGUAGAAAAACCAUCUUCCAGACCCUCAGUAGCAAAAGAUUACUUAGUUGAAAAAGAUACCACUGAUGGCUUUAAGAACAAUGAAAAACCUUUAGCUGUACCAUCUAGCACAGAGAAUUUGCAGAAGUGGGAGAGCUAUGCAACAGGUGAAACGCAAAUUCCAUCUAAAAGCCUGUCCGAAAAACAGAGCUCAGCUCCUUUGUCUACUCACCAUUCAGUGAAUGCACAAACUGGGUCAGCUCGGGUUUCAGCUUCUCUACCCAGAAGUUACCAGAAAACUGAUACCUCUAGGUUAACAUCUGUGGUUACACCAAGACCUUUCGGCGUCCACACACGAGGAAUCUCAUCACUUCCUAGAUCAUUUACGAUGGACGAUGCCCAGAAGUAUAAUGGAGAAGUAGAUAGAGCCAAGAGAGCUCCAGCUUUGUUCACCAGCAAUUCAUUUUCACAGCCAGAAACAAGACAGCCUCUUUCUACCACUGCAUGGAAAAGUGGUGUUGAAGAUGCAGAGGAUGAGGAAGAGGAGGAGGAAGGUAUUAAAAGAACACAUUUGCCUAUUUCAGUAGCCUCUACUGCAUCCCAGGACCAGGAUGCUGGAAGCCAUGGUCUUAAAUCAGAGUAUUAUACUUCUCCUGACUCUCUUACAGUUGCACCCUCUGCAGAAAGAAGAAGCCUGCCAGAGCCUGAGGUUUCAAGGUCACAGGACCAGUACAGUGAAAUGAGAAUCAGUAUAAACCAGAGACCUGGUAAGAGGCACAACUUUGGGUUUACAACAAAUUGGAAUACUUCUGGGGUCUUUGUGCAAUCAGUUGAAAAAGGUAGCCCUGCAGAUCUUUGCCAGCUGCAUGUAGAUGAUGAAAUCAUUGCUGUCAACGGCACAAAGGUUUCACACAUGGACCCUCCUGAGGGGGAAGAAGCCAUUGCUAAUGCGCUAGAAACUGGAAACCUGGUCAUGGAUGUCAGACGAUAUGGAAAGAAUGAUUGGGGAAAAGACCAGCCUUCCCUGCCAAAUGUAAGGCAUAAAAUCCUCAAUCUCACCAGUCUGGCUGCCAACAUUGUAGGUACAUCUGAAAAUAAAUGGAUUGAUGCAACUUCUGGAGAUCAUUUUCCCACCACGUCUUCAGACAUAUCAACAAAAACAGAUUUCAACAGCAGUCUUCAAAAUUCUGAUACUGGAGCCAAAGUGAUAAAUGGGAUGCAAGCAGAUUUGUGUUCCAAUGAGCAAAAAGAAUCUGAAUCUAUUUCUUUGAAAAACUUAAAAAGACGAUCACAAUUUUUUGAACAAGGAGGCUCAGAAUCUGCAAUAUCUGAUCUUCCAGUCCCAUCCAUUAGUGUUCCUAGAUGCCGGGUUUGGGAUCAAGAGGAUGAGAGAAAACGACAAGAAAAAUGGCAAAAAGAACAGGAGCGUUUACUGCAGGAGAAAUAUAAACGUGAGCAAGAGAAAUUGAGGGAAGAAUGGCUGCGGGCUCAGGAGGAAGCAGAAAAAGAGAGUUCAAAAUACCAAGAUGAGGAGCAGUGUGUCCUAACUGCAGACACGAUGUCUAUCACUGCACAUGCCCCCUUGGCUUCUAGUUGGAGAACAGUCAUGGGAGGAGAUGCUGAUGUUCCUGAAGGAGGUGGAGGAAGUGAACAGGGGGCACAGCAGCAGCAGAAUAAGGAAGAGAAAGAUGAGGAAAAGAGGUGGCUUCAGGAGGAACAAGGACUCCAGGAGAAAGAAAUCCUCCACUUGAAACAAAAAAGCGAACUCCAAGAGCUAGAGCUUGAGCAAAGACGUAAGGAGAUAGAACAGCAGUAUGCCGAGGACCAGAAGCGGUGGGCGGAAGCAGAGGCAGAGGAGCAGCAUCAAAGAUUUUAUAAACAUUAUGAUGAACCUAAAAGCAUUGAGGAUCGAUCUGGUCACUUUCUUGCUGACAGAAGUAAAUCCAGGUCAACUUCAGAAUUGGAUGAUUACACCACAAACAGAAACGGUCAAUGUAAGAAACCAUUGGGUGGUACCGCCCGAGGGUUGCUACAGGAUGAGCUAAACCAAAAACAAAGUGUGAAGAUGCAGCAAGAGACCAAAGAACCUGAACAGAAGGCUCCAAGAAGGCAAAUGCUUUAUCAGAUGAAGUAUAAUAAGCCAGAGCAAGCAGGUAUGAACAACAAAUACUUGGAAAAAUCUCGGACUGUAUCUGAUUCACAGAAAGGGUCUCAGAAAGAGCCUGCCAUGUCCCAAGCAGAGGCAGAGAGGCAACAAAUCCUUCAGGAAAUGAGAAAGAGAACGUCACUGCAUACAGACAACAGCUGGAUUAGGCAGCGCAGUUCCAGUGUAUAUAAGGAACCCAUUACUGUACACAGCACUUUGAUGAGGAGAGGUGAAUCUCUAGACAAUCUUGAUUCAUCAAGAACAAGCUCGUGGAGACAUCAUUCAUGGAUGAAUCAGUCUGUCUCAUCUAGUCAAGAUUAUACUCGCCCUGCUCCUUCAGCAGGAUCUGCUUCAAAUCGGGCCUACGCAUACACUCCCUCCUCCAAUGUAACAUCUUCAUCAACCACCUCUGUCAGAACAGCGUCUUCGACCCACACUCUCCCGUCAGCACCAUCUCCUGUUCCUCGUGCUCAGUCUCCUACCUCUGCUUCCCAAUCCGGGUCUCAGACACGGAAUAAGUCAAUCAGUGGGAAGAAAAUAUGUUCAUACUGUAAUAACGUUCUGGGCAAAGGAGCCGCCAUGAUCAUCGAAUCUCUUGGUCUUUGUUAUCAUUUACAUUGUUUUAAGUGUGUGGGUUGUAAAUGCAGCCUUGGAGGAUCAGGCUCAGGAGCUGAAGUCAGAAUCCGAAACAAUGAGCUCUUCUGCAAUGACUGCUAUAUCAGAUUUAAAACUGGACAGCCAACCUCCAUGUGAAGCGAACGUAGAUAUGAAGCCAUUGCUACAGAUAGAGGAGGAGGUGGUUGCUGCUAAUGUAGAUCUAUAAAUAUAUAUUGUGUGUUUUUAAGAGUAACCUUUUUUUUGCCCUUCUAGAUUUCAUAGAACAUGGGCUAUAUCCUUCAUAUACCUGUACUUUUAUUUAUGAGAAAGUAAUCACAAUAAGAUAAUAUCUUGGGGAAAAUGUAUUUACUUUGAGCUCAACCUCUCAAAAGCACAAAGAAGAACAAACAUCAGUAAUAACUUCAAAGUAUGUCUGAGGCUAAUAAUUAAGUAGCUGAAUUUCCUAUGAUACAUAAAGAGGGUAUUUCUGUUUUUAUGCUCUUAACUAUAGAGCACUAUAGGAAUAAUUAAUAUAAAUAUGUAUUUGCAAUCGCUGUCUUUAUUUUUUGACAUGCUGCAAAGUGAGUUCUCUAGAGUAAUAUGAAGCUGCAUUAAAAUACACACCAAUGUGUUUGCUUUCUGUAUGCUGGUUUCUAAAAUUGUUUAUUUGCUUUUUGAAACUAAGAUACCAAGUAUAGUCUGCUCAGUGGUGAAGACAUAAUGUGCUACACACAAACAGUGGAAUCCAUUUGAGGGAAUGGUUUCUCCUUUUCACUUUUGACAGAUAAAACCAUCACUUUCCCUCAAACAAGUUAAUGCAGGAAGUGGAGGAGUUUUCUGUUGAAUUACAGUAUAUUUGUAAAUAUUUUUUCUGAUGCUACGUUGACUUUUUCCUUGCCUUACCUGCCUUUUGCAAAAUAUUCAUGUCCACAGAAUGAAUUGCUGAACAAUAAACCUGAUUGUCUGAAUUUG